UGUGGAAAGUGCGCAAGCAAGAGACUCGAAGAAGUUGGAAGCAAGAAGCAGCAAACAAGCAAGCAGCUCAGCCGCCCACCCCCCUUCCCACGGGCUUUGCUCAACAAGAUGGGUCUGAUCAGGCUGCCUGCGUUUCGGCUGACGAAGCUCACGCGAGCCCAGCGGCACAGUCAGAAUGAAGAUCCCGUGCAGCAGGCAGAGCAGACGGCUGCUGCAAGGAAGGAGUCCGUCUUUGAGGAUGUUGGACAGGCUGCCAAGGCUGCUGAUGAUGUGCAAACGAGCUUUGACGGCGCCCAACAGGCUGCCACCACACAGACAUCCGUUGUGCAAGGCAACAUCACCGACGAAGUCAGUGAGCAUCAACAAGCUGGCUUCCAAAACGCAGGCAUGCCGGUCCAUCUCACCACAGCCGCACAGGCCGCUGUGUCUGAGGACGACAAUGCUGCGGCGUACAAGUCUGUGCUGAGUCUGAUUGAGGACCGGAUUGGCGGUUUCAGGGAGAAGGGGCUGGCACCACAGCCGCUCACGGAUUACGCAAGGGCUGCAUUCCACGUCACACAGGAGCAGCACGACGCGUUUCGCCUGCAGGUCCCGAAACACGAGAAGACGUGCAUUCCUGUGCUGCAUGUGAUGGUUGAGCGUGCAACCAACCUCCUCGACAAAGAUGUCUCUGGAAAGUCGGAUCCAUACGUCAUCCUUCGCCUGUUUUCGUCUUCUGAGAACAUCAAGCACAAGCUGCACGACAAACACGCGGAGCAGCACCAGGCGCACAAGUCGAGCAUCAUCCGCAAUGACCUCAACCCCGUCUGGAAUGAAGAGUUUACGUUUGAUGUUGACACACCCGACAGCGCGCUGCUCGUUGUGGAUGUGUGGGACAGCGACAGCGAUGAGCACUUCUCUCUGUCAAAGGCGUCUCACUUCAAGUUGACGGAAUUCAAGCCGUGCCAGUUCGUCAAGGACAAAGUGCAGGCGCUUCACCACAAGGAGAAGGACGACUUCCUUGGCCAUGCAGAACUCCCCGUGUCCGCCGUGCCAGUCGAGGGCACUCCCAUCCAACUGCGGCUCCAGCCCCGCUCGUCCCGGUCAAGUGUUCGCGGCACCAUCGAGCUCAAGCUGUGGUGGACGACGAAAGCGCUCAAACCGGAGGACCGGGCGGUGACGCCGGCAGUGAUUGUGGAGCAGCACCGUGCACUGCUGCACCGCCUCGUCGACUAUGAGGCCGCUCCUUUCAACGGAGAUCGCAGCCGCGCCUGGCCGGGCACGUUUUCCACUCAGGCGCGCCACCUCCUGCGGCAACACGCCCUCAGGCACGCCAUCACCCCAUUUCAAGAGCUCGUUGCUCGCUUCCGCGUGUUUUCUGAGUACAACGUGCGCGAGCGCAUGAACUUGGUUCCUCUGCAGCGCCUGCUCAAGGACAUCAAUGAUCGGUGGGACGACACCACCCGGGAAACGCAUCUGAACCCCAGCGAGCAGGAGGCCCUCGCGCUUGCGAUUGACCAUACCGUGCAGGCGUGUCUGGAGAUCAUUGGGCGCCUCUUCCUUGAUUUCAAGCAGGACGAAGCCGGCCAGAUUGCUUUCGCCACCACCAUCCUCACCCUCAAGACAUGCUUUGCAGCACCGCUUUGGCGCCUCGCUCCCGACAACACGGAACGCGUGCUCAUCAACGAAGUCGAUGCCACGAUUCGCAACCACUUGCGUACUUUCUACGACCACGUCCUGUCGGAAGCCGCCAACUCUGAAAAGGACUUUUACGGCAGUGACAUUGUACGCCAAGUUGUUGCCAUCAAGCGUCUCAUCACAACAAUGGCUGCAGCACGCCAGCUCUUUCGGCCGGCGCUGCUGCCACUCGACUACGACUUGUUCGUCGUCACCGUGGAUGUGCUUGAUGAUCCACUGGCCAAAUCAUGCCAGGACAUCCUGACCGCGUGGAACGCGUCUCACUCAACAGAGGAAGCAAUGGCGGGCAAGUUCUCGAUUGUGUUUGAGCUCUACUUUGCCCUGCGCAAACUGAUCAAGAGCGAGUACCGUCAUCUGCCCGAAGACCAGCUCUGCAAGAUGGAGAUGCCAAAAGUCCACGAUUGGUUCUUCCCCGUGCUCAUCAAGUGGCUGCAGCUCGUCGCUUCAAACUCCCCGACGUGGAUCCAGCGGGCACUGGAGUACGACGAGCUUCAGCCAAUCACUUCUGAUGUGCAGUUCAGCAGCUCUGUCGUCGACGUGUUCCGCGUCCUCAAUGAUUUGCGCGACGUGUGGACAAACCUCAACUUCCCGCCAACGUCGGAUUUCUAUGGGCCGCUUGUGAAGCUUCUGGCGGACACGUUGAGUGAGAUUGCUCUCAACUACGUGCGCAGUCUUCUUGAGCUGACUCGAGACAAGUUCCAAACGUCAAGUCGCGACGGCACAUUUGAAUUGUCAGAUACCAUUUGUGUUGUUCUCAACAACGCGCAAGAAGUCUCAUUCAAGCUGGAGGACUUUGCAGAAGGAAUGAAGAAAGAUGCACAGCAGGCCAGCGAUGUUUGGGAGCACGUGGAUGCGAUUCUGCAAUCUCGACUGGCGGACUGCCACGUGUUUCUCAGCCGGGUGUGCACGGCGGUGGCGCGGUGUCUUCGGCCCGAGAUCCUCCGCACAAUGGCCAUUGCGGUGUUCGAAAGCGACCUGGGUCACGAUGCCAGCAAAGGCGAGCAAGUGACAACGUCGGAUAUGGAAGAGGCGGCAUCUGAGCUUUUGGACUUCGUUAACAACUCCCUCAUCACACUCGUCAACGGCAUCUACCAAGAAACCUUUCAAGUGUUCUUGCUGUCACUCUGGAACGUGGUGUGUGAAUGCAUUGUGGACAUUCUCGUGCCAACAGAUGCGAUGCUGGGCACGCAGCGACUGGACGACCUCUCCGCAACACAAAAGGCGCUGCUGGUUGUACUGCUGCAGACGCUGGAGGACUUUUUCUGGCAAGAUGGUGCCGGGUUGACAAAGGACCAGCUGCGCACAACGGAGUGGGAGCUGGCCACAGAUUUGUUGGAGAAAGUUGCAUGGGACACGUCUGACCUGAUUGCCGUGUUUUUCAAGGAAGAGGCGAAGAUUCAACAGCGCGCGUCGUUUGAGGACGAGUACCACCGUGGUGUCGCCACAUUCACGGCGCAGUUGGAUCCCACCAAGAACGAGCUCCACGUCACCGUCGCUCACCUGGAGAAUCUGCCUGUGAUGGAUUCAAACGGGAAGUGCGACCCAUACGUCGAGCUCGAUGUUCACCCAGAGAUGACGCCAGGCAAGCAACGCACGUCCACCAAGUACAAGACGCGCGAUGCCGAGUUCAACGAAUCCUUCACCUUCUCCACGGAUGCAGAGAGUACUGAAGACUUUGUUCUGCACUUGGUGGCAAUGGACCACGACCUUUUGUCAAGAAACGACUACAUUGGCGAGUGCUUGCUGUCCUUGGAAGAGCUGCAAGAUGCUCAGCCCCACCAGCUUCGCCGCUCGUUGAGGCGCGCGCCGGCACGGGACAAGGCCUGGCAGGUGUUGCGGCUCAUUGAACGAAGAAAGCGGCGCGACAAGACGGCCUCACACUUUGCGCACAGCCGCUCACACCUGAGCUCAAGCCACUGACCAACUUGUGUGGUGUGGUGGUGCGGUGGAGAAGACUGACAGCCACAACAAGGUCACGAUGAUGCGAUGUGAUUGUAGAAUAUUGCAUAAAUCUUCCAC